GGUUGUUUGUAUUUUUAUUUUAUUUUAUUUUUUAUGGUUUUUGGUUUUCAUGCCUUGCAAUAGAGUACCAUAUCAAAGAUCCAGCGAUAGUCAACAGACACCACCGUAUACCCAUUUCACCCACACUGCAGCACUCUUCAUCUUCUCAUUCAACCUUACGCGCACUAUACCAAGGCGCACUUCACAGAUCGAGGAUCAUUCCAACUGUAAUAUGAUAACAUCCUAUGCACACUCCAAGUGAUCUUCUCUCUUUAUCUUGCAAUUCGUUCUCCAAUAUAUAUAUAAACAUGACCUUCUUGCCAUACAUAGAGCAACGAC